AUGGAUUCAAAAUCAAAUAAAAUUUUGAAACGCAAAAGAGGUCCAAAUUGGGAAGAAGAUGAAAUAACAAUAUUUUUUCAUUGUUACGAAAAUGUGGCCAAAGUAUUAGAAGAUCCGAAAAAAGAUUUUAAUACCAACAGCAAAAAUAAUCAAGUUUGGUUAUGUCUAAUGAAUAAGUUUAAUGCUAAUGUUAAAAAGCGUCCUCUUAAAGAUUUGAAAAAAUUUUGGGAGUCUGAAAAAGCAAAAUCUCAUAAGGCUUUCACUGCGGAGAGAAAUGCAAGAUUAGGCACUGGAGGUGGUUGCCUACCAGAACUACCCCAAUCUCAAGAUCCUGCUGUGGAGGAAUUAAUUAGAAGACCCCAUAUUGUUGAAUGGACCAACACUUUUGAUAGUGAUAGUGUUGCCACCUUAAAUUUGAAUGAAAGUUGA